UCACAUUUCUGCAGGGUUACUCAACUAACAGUAGUAUAUCAAAUGACAAUUUAAAUCAAUGUAAAAUAUACCUGUUACUAUAUUAAUAUCGGAUGUAGUUAUCCAUACCCGUCAUAGGUAUAUUAUGGGCUAGUGAAUAAUACAUCCAGUGACUCAUGGAUAAACAACAGUCGGUGUUUACUAGCAUGUAUUAACUAUUUGGUUAAUGGUAUUUGUCAUUGUACGUCCUUGUUGAAAGCAAUAUGUAACCGGUUUUGUGACAGAAAUGUAUGGAUAAUCCUGUGUCAGAAAUUAGCGGAUAAUCCUGUGAAAGAAACCAGAGGAUAGUCAGACUUUAUAACAGAUAUCAUGUGGACAGAAGACCUAUGAUACUUAUUUUUCAAACGGCAUACAUCGCAAGUUAGACAUCACACUGUACGAGGGAACAGUUUGUAGAUCUGUUUUCAAAGAAAGACGAGUGCUUUGCUGAAGAAACAACAACACUAAGCUGGAAUAGUUUCAACGGUUGUUUAUCACCUAUGUAUAACAACAGCUGUCGGAAAGCUACGGAAUAAUUUCCGACAUUGUCCGGAUAUGGCAAAAACGAUGCAGUCAUUUCAAUAAAUUACGCAAAUAACCGCGUGACUAAACUGAAACUACAUUUUAAUAGUGACUAUCAACAACAAUAUCUGGCAAUUUAAUAUAUGUUAUAAAAAUCAGGGUUUUCUCUGAUAAAACAGCGACAUUCGGCUAUUGAAUCAGUUUUGUUUCGGAUCGAAAUAAGUGUUUCAAAAUGUGCCAAGUAAUCAUUACAUGUCGAUCACUCUUAUGGACGCUGUUGUCAAUAGCAACGACCCAGAUAAUGAUCGCCAGCGUGUUCUCGCCGUCAUGGUUGGUCGGUUACGAGCGCGCGCCCACGCUCGCACCGACCUUGACUGACCUUGACAACCGUACCGUUUUGGGUAAAGCAAUUGGUAAAGAAGCCGACACCGAACCGUUCAGCCCGACUAUCGGACUAAUUAAUCGCUGCACACGGCUACGGAAAUUCCAGGAAAUUCUCAACAGGGACAACUGUGCAACGUACGUCACGGAUUUCGGAAUGCCGAAUUCACAGUUUCCAGACGCUUGGAAAGCGAGUCUGAUUUUUUUCAGUAUCGGCGGGAUUUUGCUCGUGUACACGAUGGGUGCCGCAGUAAUGAGCGUUUGUGUUCAGGCAAUGUGCGGGAAGAGUAUUUAUACCCUCUCAGGGUUGAUGCAAAGCAUCGCAGGUGUUUUCUGCAGUAUUGGCGUGGUCCUCUAUCCUGUGGGUUGGGCGUCCGACAAAGUGAAGUUUUACUGUGGGGAGGAGGCCUCCGCUUUCUAUUACGACCAGUGUAGUUUUGGCUGGUCAUUCUACAUGGCCAUCGUCGGCGUCAUACUCGUGUUCGGCUGCUCCGUCCUCUCCAUCGGUGCCGACCACGCCACCACCAGCAGACGUGUGGAGGAGGAGAUAGUGGAGGGAAAAGCUCUCAUCUGCGUCAUGGCAUGAUGUCGUAACUCUUCAUCUGACGUCAUCGACUUAUGUGUUCAAGCUUUCGAUAUUGAUAAUUUUAUGUCUUGUUUUUCGGAGAUAAGAAGUUUAUAUGUCGUGGCGUGACGCCAUCACUCACAAUGUGACGUCAUCGAUCAUUCGAAAUAUCUGUUUACUUACUAUUCGUGUUUGAUUCAUGACAUCUUAAAAGUGUUUUUAUGUCAUUUGUUAAAUGAGAGGAAAGUUCUUAUCUGACGCCAUCACUCAAAAUUUGACGUAAUUGAAACAUUAUGGGCUUGUUUGUCCUGUUUGUUAAUGGAGGGUGUCGCACUUGUUCUAGGUGACGUCAUCUCCCAUAGUGUUCAAUACGGUACCACAUUAUAAUUAUGUGUUCUUGCAUCAGGUUUCUAAUAUCAUUUUCAUACGUGAACAAGUAAUUAACAUUUUUAAAUCUUUAUAAUAUUCAAAUCGGAAAAGGGAUAACUGAAAAAGAGACGAAUACUAAUAAUAUAUACCAAAAUGAAUAUACGAAUAUGUACACGAAUGCACCGGUACGGUCUAGUCCAUAUAAUUAUAAUUGAACGCAAUAUAUCUAAUAUGUUGAUCUAUAUUUUACUUGUAGUCUUAUAAGACUUUUAUCAGUGAUAUAAUGGGUUGAAAUUACAUUAAUUUGUAUUUGUAUAUUUUAAUUUUCACACCGGGGAGGGGGGGCAUGCAGAGAGCUCCUGUCACAUUUUUUGUUUGUUUUGUUUUGUCAAAAUUGUUUUUGGUCAUGAUUUUUGUUACGGGUACAUACUUUUUUGCAAUUCUAAAAAAAGUACUCGAUAACGUGUAUGUGUAAUUGUCGAGUUUAUACUAUAUUGUAAAAACAGUCAUGAAUUUUCUCGUUACAUACGUAUGCUACCGGAAAUAGAGAACAUAUUGUCGCCGCUUUGUCCGUUCUUCUAAAGAGUAAUUUAAUUCGGGCGAGUUUGCGCAUGUAUGUGUAUUAGAUACACAUACCUGGCUUGCGGGGAUAUAAUACGAAUGUUCACGAUCAUUUUAUAAGUCAUACUAGAUGCCCGUCCGUCGUAUAUCAUGAGCUAUAACUAUCUCCGCAAAAUUUAUAAUUAUAGGAAGAGAGAUUACUCAAAUAAACUGGUUGCCAAGUACUUAAGUUUGUCUCCCUUGCAAACGCAUUUACGUAAAGUGCUAGGAAACGUGUAAUAUAUAAAUUUCGGGAUUACAAGAAAAAAAAAACACCAACAAAACCAACAACAGCAAAUUUUUCUAUUUACUAUUUUAGUAUUUUCUUUUGAGGCAUUUUGCUAAUUGUUGCGUAGGUCAUAUAUUUCUCAAUUGGUAAUGCAUUUUAUAACUAUUUAGUGCAGAUGUAUCUAUUGUCCAUAUAAAAACAACUUUAAAACUGUAUUUUGAGUUGACAAUGUUAUAAUUUCAUAUGACGAAUGUCUAAAGAAAAUCUAUAAGGAAUACGAAGUACAGCCUAGAGUGGUUACCUGGUGAAUAUACCGAAUCAGAAUGUGCAUCAAAUUCUUGUUAUCAGAAUUGUUUUUAUCAGACCGAAUAAUAGUUGUACAUGUAUAAGAUUGCGCAUAAUACAAGAAUGGAACACAAAUAUAAUUUAUGUACAUUUAUGUUGAGCUUUUAAUUAAAGUUUGUGUAUGUUUGUUUUUGAAUUUUAAAGUAAUAGUUAGCUCCUGAUGUAUUGUUUUGAGUAAUGAAAUAAGGGGAAUAUUUUAUAAAUUAGUGCAUUUGUUAUUUAAUGUAUGGAGUGAUUAUCUGUUGUCCUUUUUUCUAUUAGUCACUUCAGUCUUUAAAAAUUGUUUCGUCUUUAAACAUUGUUUCAUAUACAUUUUCGUGAACAACAACAACAACAACAAGAACAUCAUCAUCAUCGGCAGCAGAUGCAGUUGUAGAAACGUCAUCAUUAUCAUAACCACCGUUAUUAUGAUCAUUACAGCAAUCAUUUUUUUCAUUAGCAGCUUCAUUAACAGUAACAUAACCAUGAACAAAGUAUUUCUCAUUAUUACUAUACUUUUUGUAAGUCCCUUACCGCAAAUCAUUGAUGAUGAUUUGUUUAUUUAAAUGUGUUUCCUUUACAUUUGUCCAUGCAAUAUAUAUGUCAAUGUAUGUGCUGUAUAUAUAACCAAUACAAUUUACAAUAUAUAGCCUUUUUGUUAAUAAAUAUAUUGAAUUAAA